AUGGUACGAAGUCACAAGUUCGACAACAAUACACUGGAUGUAUUGAACAAGGGAUGCCUGGACCUGUACGACGAAGUGGCGUGCGGCCGGAUCAGCGUACUGGUCAUUCUGAGCGUCGUCACCCUCAUAUUCGUCGUACUGAAGAUCAUCAAGUACCACAGCUACAAGCACCUGCAGAUACACCAGUACGCCAUAUUCUACAUAACGGCCAUAGAAUGCAUCGUCUGCGCUGCCACUUUCAUAUUCGGGAUCCGGUAUCCCCAGCUACACUUUGCCACGAACGUCUUGAAGCUCUACCAGUUCAUCUUCAUUUGCCACUUUUACUGGUCAAUGGCGGCCAGAUCGCGGCACAGGGACGGAGUAGUGCACCACGUGAUCAACCCCGUGCUCUGUCUGUACGCGCUGUACUGCAUCACCAUAGCGUUGAUGGGCAUGGUCGACAUCAGCGGAACGUGGACGGUCUGCUUCAGACCUUACUGGCUGAUGCUGUCUAGCGCCGAUUUCAUAGCGGUUCAAUUGUUCGCGAUGGUCGCCCUCUACGUCACCCACAGCAACAGACAGCUGGUUAUAUCGGCCCUGAUGGUUCCCUCCUCCUCAUCGCGGACCAGAGACUUGUGGUUCAUCGCGGUCGUCUACGAAGUAUCAGCCGCCGUCUCGGUCGUCUUCGACGCGGUCAUGAUUCUGAUGGGCAAAGACGAAAACGGGUGCAGCGGCAUCUACAACCACGUCCAGCUGUACUACAGCACGCUGCUGACGGUGAUCAUCAUUUUCAAGUACUUCUUGCCGAUCUGGACGCUUCUCUGCGUCUUCCAGCCGAGUAGGGUUAAAUCGCGACUGUCCGAAGUGGCACUGACGUCCCAUUACAACAUGAGCGGCAGGUGCAACAAUCCGAACCAUCGGUUCUUCUUGACGACGUGGUCGGCGCCAGGGUCUAUCCUUUACCCGUCGCUGUCCUACUCGGCGAAUUCACCCAUGUUCGGGACCCUCGGUGACUUUUCUGACAGUUCGCCCGACGCUUCGCCCACCACGUCUCGCUACUGGACGAAGAUGAACGACGACGCGUACUGCGGCUACGAGAAGCACUUUGUCAACGUGGACCACCAGAAGGACAUUCUGGAGAGCCAGUACAGGAUGGAGCAGAACCUGCAGUACCUCGAGAGGAGUCUGGCCGGGGAUUUGGGGGGACAGCCCGCCCACGAGAGGAACGCUUUGGUCAACAGUAGUAGAUCCUUGACUACCAUUAACGAGGAGAACGCCAACAACGCGGACAACCCGACGGAGUGAAGCCAUACAUUUUUGAUGGCUUGUACUGUUUGCACAUUACACGCUAAUGAUACUGUACCAAACCUAGUCGAAAAAAAAAAAAGUGGUAACUUGCGACGAAAUCACUACUUCGUUCGUCAAGUGUAUUUGACUUGUAAUAUGCUCCCAAAUAAUGAUUGCGCGUGCGUGUGUGUCUCAUCCCGGGAUUGAUAUUAACACUAUUGAGAAUCAUCGAAUGGAAAAUCAAAAAAACGCAAAGCGACAUUUGCAGAAAAAUCCAUCCUUCCAAAUGCUGUGAUUUAAAGAAAAGAAUAACAAAAAGGAAUAAGAAUAAACAAAAAAAAAAAAAAAUACUCAAGGUAUAAAAUAAUCGACAAGUUUUAUCGGCACUCAACAACUCGAGUUGUUUUCGAGGAAAUUUUUCACGUUAUUAUUACCGAGCGAUUCGAUUUUUCGAUCGCGACUAGAUUUAUAGCGUACACGGUACAUAUAUACAUACAUAGAUCUGUGUAUCACAGUAGAAUAACAAAAACCAGGAGGAAUAUCUUUUUGUAAUUUCGUUAGUUUUUCGUAUAGAAGAGUGGAAAAAUUUUAUCUCGAUGUGCUACGUGCGAUAAUCAAACACUCUCGUAUAGCAAAGAUUCUUGUAACUCUAUAUGUAGAUUGUUACAAGGCAAAGUGAUAGUUAUAUUCGAUAUCGAUAUACCCUGUAGAUGAUUGUUUGAACAAUUGAUUAUGAAUGUUCGUACGGCACUUUAGUGCUUUGUUGAGACCGUCAAAUUUUUUACUUGAUCGUUUGUCGAAAACAAAAACAAAAACAAAAAACGUCCAGAAUUUAACAAUUUCAAUGUGCCAAAUGUGGUAAUUGUUCAGAUAAUCAAAUGAUUAAAAAUACUCGGCUGAUUUGUAAAUUCGUGCGAAAAUAAAAACAAAUUACAAGUAAAAAUUAACAAGAUAAGACUGAAAAACGAAAUGGCCUGUAAUAUUUUAUGAUUUAUUUAAAAAUGAUUUCACUUAUCGCGUAUUAGUAUAAUUUAUUUUAAACGUAGUAUUUAACCAAUAGUUAAAAAUCGUGCAGACUUAGCAAGACAUGCUAGAUGGAGAUUUUUUUUAAUUUGUACGUCUCUUUCAAAGUACAACGACGAGAGUGCGUUUCCCAGUCCAAAUUACAUGCAUGCGCAAGUAUUUUUCGAAAUACGUAAAACGACGCUCGGUUAUUCGAUAAGUUUUUGUAUAACGUGAAAACAAUGUAAAUAAACCAAUCAUAGAUUUUAUUGAUACGUAAACUUACCAAAUGUUGAAAACACUCAGAUUUUCAAAACAAAUAUAUCGCAAGUUUAUUAGUUUCAUGUGAACUUUUGUCCCAAAUAUGCCAAGCAUGUAUAUGAUAGCAUACGUUAUAAGGCCUCUUUCGCACUUUACGUGCACUAUACGUAUAACACAGAAUAGUAAUAAUAAUAAUAAUAAUGAUAAUAAUAAUAAUAAUAAUAAUAAUACGAUCGUGUCAUUUGGAAAUAGGUUAUAAAAACCGAGAAAUAUGUAUAAUUUAUUGGCAUUUAAAUGUUCAUAGUAUAUAGAGGUGAAAUGACCAAUUUUGAAAUUUUAAUGACGAAAUACGUUAUAGCUUUUUUCGCAUUGCUACCAAAUAUUACAUACUUUAUGGAUUAUAAUGAUGUUGUAUACGUUGCGUUAAAAUUUAAAGAUUUUCUGUAUUUUAUUUUUAUUUUCAACCGUUUGAUUUUAUUACUAAACACAAAAUGAUCAAUUGUAAAUAUAGUUUUUGAUCAAAAAGAUAUUAUGUAUUAUAAUUUUUUAUUGAUUCAAUAAACUAUGAUUAUUACGUCGUAAAUAACCCAUGA